CAAAGAGAUGCAUCAAGCCUCUCUCUCUCUCUCAUAAAAAGAGACUAAAGUACCGAUCUAUUUCUACUCAAAUUCCCAACUUGGCCUCUGUUUUUCUUGUUUGCUCUCUUUUAUGUUCACUUUCUCUUCCCCCUCUUCUCUGGAAACCCAUUUGACACUUCCAAAGUUCUCUCUUACAAACAGCAAGAACACAAAAAAUGUAUGCAGAUUCUGGGUUAGUGCUCCCUUACAUGCAUAAUUUUCCACCAGAUUUUCAACAAAUUGAAGACCUCUUCAAAUCAUACAAGCUCUCCAAUGACGAAAUGAACAACGCUUUUGCUGAGUCAACAAACAUAUCUGAGUAUGAUCUUGGAGAAGAAGGAGAUCUAUUCAAAGCUCCUGAUCCUAUUCUUGAAGAGCCACUCUUAGCCGUUGAUCCACUCUCAGCUGCUUUGACAAUGAUCUCUUGCGGAGAAGACUCUUCGCAAGGGCUUUGUGAGCUUCCUGAUCUAGGGUCCUUGCAGAGUGGUCAAGAGCUUCUUGACAAAGCCUUUUAUGAAUGUGAGCAAGAUCUUAUGAUGAAAUCAGUUAUGGAGUCUCCAUUCUCUGAUGUUUUAGAUGUCAAGAACAUCUCUCUGGUGACCAAUGAGAAUCAAGAUUUGCUGAAGAGUGUUAGCUCGGAGAAUUUGAGCUCUAUGGAUUGGUCACAGGUGCAGCAAGAAGCUGUUGUGGUUCAGAACUUCCCUGACUUUGCUCAGAUGGAUUUUGGUUAUGUUAAUGGGAUGCGACGAGCCUUUAGUGAAGGCGACAUACAGAAACUUGGGACUGGCCAUUUUCAGUCUCCAUUGGAUAUGAUUAUUGUGAGUUGUACUUCAGAUGAUCGACGUGAGAAGCUGUCUCGAUACAGGAACAAGAAGAGCAGACGAAACUUCGGACGCAAAAUCAAGUAUGCAUGUAGGAAAGCUCUUGCAGAUAGCCAACCAAGGAUCCGAGGAAGGUUUGCUAAAACAGAGGAGAGGAAGUAGAAUGGGUUCAGAAGAAUGAGAUGGGACUGAGCAAAAGCAAGAAAGUUGGAAGAAUGAGGAGAUCAUGUCAUUAGAAACUAGUUUUGUUUUAUAUAUAACAAUAUGAUGUUAUGAGCAUCAAGUUAGUUUUUGUAUAUAAAGGGUUUCACUAAAAAUAAGCUUUUUUAAGGAAAGAAAAUUGUAGCUACAGAAGUCAUGUUAUGGUGGUGUGAGAUGUGUAGAUAUAUUAUAUAUCUAUAAUAAUUAUAAAU